UCCAGAAUCUCAAAUCCAUCUGCUUCAUUUCUCUUCAUUUCUUUUAAUAACACUUCUCUCAUCGAACUCGCAAACCGGGAAUAAAAAUGGCUGGAGGUAUCGGAAAAUGCAGCAAGAUCCGACACAUUGUGAAGCUGAGACAGAUGCUCCGGCAAUGGAGGAGCAAGGCGCGAAUGUCGUCCGCCAGACGCUGCGUACCGUCGGAUGUGCCUUCGGGACACGUGGCGGUCUACGUCGGAAGCAGUUGCAGGAGGUUCGUGGUGCGCACCACGCAUCUUAACCACCCGGUUCUCAGGAAUCUCUUGGUUAAGGCCGAAGAGGAGUUCGGUUUUGCUAACCACGGUCCGUUGGUUAUUCCAUGUGAAGAAUCGGUUUUCGAGGAAUCUAUUCGGUUAAUAAACCGGUCGUGUCGGUUCAACUGUACCGAUGACUUGAAGAAAAACCGCCAAGGUGGCAGUAGGAGCAAGCUGGAUCUUUUGAUCGAAUCUCGGCCGUUGCUUCACGGUGUAUCCGAUAAGGCUACCAUCUGGUGACCGAGAGUAAUGUGAUUCGGGUUCAUGGUGGCGGACACGCAGGAGAUGGCCGUGAAAGGGUGGAUGAGUCGUCUUUCCACCUGUGUCGUCCCGAGUUCGGUUCGAAUCCGAGUUUUAACAGAAAAUUGCGGUCUAGUUUUGGUAUUGGCUUGUAAAACUGACUAAGCAAUUUACAUUUCAUAUAUUUUAUUCAUUUGUGAUUUGAUUUUGGUAUUGGCUGUACAAUAUACACAGCAAUUUCCAUUUAUAUUGAUUUGUUCGUUGUUCAAACUUUUCCAAAUAAUUAAUGAUGUCUAAC